AUGCACCUCUGCCUGACGUCACACGAGCCUUGGAAUAGCAAUUACUGCACCGAAAAGGGGCAGGUGCUCUACAAGGUCGUCUGCCCGUCCAAGCUGCGCUCCCAAACAGCCGCGAUAUGGCGCGCGCUGCCCGACCUCAAGCCCACCGAUGAAGGCGUCCUCUGGGCAGAGCGGCACUCCUUUCACUCCCCUACCCCGGAAGAGAGCACCACACAAUCCCACUGCUCCUCGCACAGUACCGGCGUGGACAACGAUUUCGAGAUCCACGAAGAGAGCCGGAGGAAGUCGUUCGAGUCGCACGACCACGACUUCCAGUGGGGAACUCCGCCCCCGACGCACGAGUUCCUGGAUAAGCUGUCACAGGAGUCGGAGAAAGAGUUGAAGGACAAUUUCGUGAAGCUCGCUGAGAUCGACUUUCAUACGAUUUCGUCGACGCAUAUUCGGUAUAUGGGUGAAGAGUGGAAGACGAACGAGUUCUUCCGGAAAGAGGGAUGGGGCUGGUAUGGAAGUAAUCGUAUAUUCACCGGCUCCGAUGGGAAGGAAUACAGGUGGAAAAUGGGCUCGAGCGUCUCCGAGCUAUUCCUCCAUGAUACCGCCCACGACACCACAAAACACGACAGCAAGACCCACGUCCCGCUCCUCGUCGCGCGAUUCCACGACCCCCAAGUCUCAAUGUACCAGAAGAGGCGACCCGCGUCGCUCGAGAUCUUCCCCGUCGGCGAGCACAUGGUCGAGCUGAUCCUGAUCACCUUCAUCUACAUCGAGAAGAUGCGCACGGACAGGCAGAACUCCGCGGUGCGGUCGACGCGCAUCGUCACCACGCCGAACGGCACCAAGGUUGGAUCGCCCACGGCUGCGGCUUUCGCGUUGGCGUAA